AAAAACAUUUGUAAAAAAUGGGUUGUUCUCAGGAACUCAGUGAAUUCAAGAGUGGUACUGUGAUAGAUUGCCACCUGUGCAAUAAGUCCAUCUGUGAAAGCUCCUUGCUACUAAAUAUUACAUGGUCAACUGUUAGUGGUAUUAUAACAAAGUGGAAGCAACUGGGAACAACAGAAACUCAGCCCGCCACUGGACUCUAGAGCAGUGGAGACGUGUUCUCUGGAGUUACCAAUCAUGCUUCACUAUCUGGCUAUCCAAUGGACAUGUCUGGGUUUGGCGGUUGCCAGGAGAGUGGUACUUGCCUAACUGCAUUGUGCAGAGUGUA